UCCAGCUGAAGAAGCAAGAAUGAUCAGAAGAUGUCCAAUGGCAUUUAGCCCCAGGACACCACAGGGUGCACCAGGAAAUGAAGGUGAACCAGGCUAUCCUGGGGAAACUGGAUUCCAAGGCCAACAGGGUAUGCCAGGCCCACAAGGUAUACCUGGAUCAUCAGGGCUACAAGGCUUACCAGGCCUCCAAGGUAAUCCAGGAAUCAGUGGUAGACCCGGCUCGCCAGGGAAACUAGGAAGUACAGGUCAAAAGGGUGAACCUGGUGAUCAUGGAGAAAAAGGCCUACAGGGGCCACGUGGACCAAGAGGCUUCCCUGGACUAGAUGGUAAAGAAGGCUAUGGCCUACAAGGAAGAAAAGGAGCAAAGGGACAUUAUGGAUUUCUAGGAAUUCCUGGACCACAGGGAGAAGAUGGUAACCCAGGCCCUCCAGGGAAUAAAGGAGCCAAAGGAAUUAGAGGACAAAGGGCCAGUGGUGGAAGACCAGGGGGAGUAGGCAAUCGAGGAGACCGAGGACCACCUGGAAGAAUGGGACAUAAAGGACAGAAAGGCAUAACAACCAUGACGACUUGUGAAGUUGUUAAUCUUACAAGAGGAAAUUGCCCCUGCUGUAUAGGUACGAGUAAAUGUCCAGCAUAUCCGACUGAAGUGGUGUUUGCCCUUGAUAUGUCUGAAGAUGUUACCUCAGAAUCAUUUCAAAGGAUGAAAGAAAUUAUGAUGUCCUUGCUGAAGCGUAUGAAGAUUAGCAGGAGCAACUGUCCAACUGGUGCACGGGUGUCGAUUCUUUCAUACAACACAUAUCCAAAAUACCUCAUUCGGUUUUCUGACUUCCAAAGGAAUGACCAACUUAUGGAGGCAGUUCAGAAAAUUCCUUGGGAAAGGUCUUCAGACCAACGAAAUAUUGGAGCGGUCAUGAGAUUUAUUGCCAGAAAUGUCUUUAAACAUCAUCGUCAAGGUGCCUUGAUGAGGAAAGUUGCAGUAUUUCUCACUGCUGGCCCCUCGCAGGAUGCAACUUCGAUCAGUACAGCUGUCUUGGAAUUCAGUGCUUUAGACAUCACACCUGUGGUCAUUGCUCUCCGUGAAGUGCCUAAUGUGCAACAAGCUUUUUCGACAGAUGAUACUCAUCAGUUUCAGUUGUUUGUUUGGGAAUCCAAGGAGGAAGAGAAUUUUGAUGCUGUUUCACAUUGUGCACUCUGCUAUGAUAAGUGCAACCCAGCACCUGAAUGUGAAGUUACUGCUCCUGUUCCUGUUCUAAUAGACAUGGAUAUAACUUACAUCAUGGACAGUUCCUGGAAUGUUGGAAGCGAAAAGUUUGAGACAAUGAAAGAAUUUGUGAGCAACAUGUUGGAUUCUUUUGUUGUUUCUUCCCUCCCCGUGGAGUCAGAUAGAGGGGCAAGGGUAGCAUUGUUACAACAAGCUCCAAGGAAUUUCACAGUUGAUGGACCCUCAAGCCCAGUCUAUGACGAGUUUGACUUAAUUACAUACAACAAUAAAAACCUGAUGAAAAUGCACAUCCAUGAGUCACUAAAACAGAUGGAAGGUCCAUCAGCCAUAGGUCAUGCUUUACAGUGGGCAAUCAAUAACAUAUUUUUGGAAGCUCCCAGGCCCAGAAAACACAGGGUCAUAUUUACAAUACUUGGGAGCAAGACAAGCUCCUGGGACAGAGAGAAACUGAGACAAAUGUCACUUGAAGCCAAAUGCCAAGGUUUCACCCUGCUCACCUUAGCACUCGGAAGUGGAGUUGAUGAUAAUGAGGUGAUUGAACUCUCCAGUGCUCCAGUGGAACAGCAUUUAUUGCAACUGGGCAGUGUGAAUAAACCUGAAUUGCCAUAUGCUCUGAAAUUUAGCCGAGCCUUCUUAAAUCUUUUGAAACGGGGAAUAAAUCCAUAUCCUCCUCCAGACCUGCAGGAAGAGUGUGAAAGCCUGGAUGAAAGAUACACUUACCAGGAGCUAAGAGGAGGGACUAGCAGGAUUCUUUUCCCUGAACCAGAUUACAAGGAUGUUUUGCACCCAUCAGAAUUGCCCAGAAAAAACAUGCAGGAGAAAAUUACAGAGGCUACCGAAGAAUCUGUAGAGUACAAAGAAAGGACUGCUCAUGUCGACAACAAGUAUUUCACACACAUUGGGGUUCAAGAGGGCCGGGAAAGAGAAGAUGAAGAACAUGCUGAGCAAGAACAGAGUGGAGCUGAUGCUUGCCUUAUGCAUAGGGACAGCGGUGAAUGUGAUAAUUACCAUCUGAAGUGGUAUUUCAACAAAAAAUUGAACACAUGUUCCCGGUUCUGGUAUGGUGGCUGCGGCGGGAACAAAAAUAGAUUUGAAACUCAAGAAGAAUGUGAAGCGCUAUGUAUACAAUUGUCUUUGUAGAGAAUAGAGAAGUUACUUUUUUGGACUGAAGCUUCCAGAAUCCCUCAGCCACUAUGAGCGUGCUGAAGGUGUGCUAUUUAACAAAAGUAACACUUUUAAUAAAAUUUGAUAUUGCUUUGUAACACUGAGAUGUGUGACAAGACAGAAUACCUCAGACAUUUGUACAUUAACUCCGGGCUGCCCCUGAGACAAUGCUAUGAUUAGCAGAAAUGUUGUACUUUUCACAACAUGUAGAAUUACAUUUUCUGGUUAAUACUUAAUGGAGCUGACCCUUCUUUCAGCUUUUUGUUAAUGGUUAACACGAUACAUAUGAAUAAAAUUAAUU